UUGCCUUUCAGGGAGACUCUAUUUCUUAGGGACACAGCUGAUCUCCAGAUACGACCAUGUAUUUGUGGCUCAAACUUCUGGCCUUCAGCUUGGCCCUUCUGGGCCCAGAAGUCUUUGUCACAGGGCAAGGAACAACCGACGAUGGACUGAACACAACAGAGAUUGUUCUUCUGCCUCAAACUGACCCUUUACCUGCUCGCACCACUGAAUUCACACCCCCAAGCAUCUCUGAAAGAGGAAAUGGCUCCUCAGAGACCACAUAUCUUCCAGGUUUUUCAUCCACGCUGAUGCCUCACCUGACCACACAGUCUGACUCGCAGACCCCCUCUGCCAGAGGAGCUGACACUCAGACACUCAGCAGCCAAGCUGACCUCACCACACUCACGGCUGCUCCCGGCGGCGAGACUGACCCACCAGGUGUGCCCGGAGAGAGUACUGUACCGGAGACCCUUCCUGGAGGCACCCCCAUCCUUGCACGCAACAGCACUGCUCCCUCACCUACACACACUUCCAAUGUCAGCACCACAGAUAUCUCCUCAGGUGCCAACCUCACAACCCCUGCACCAUCCACUCUGGGCUUUGCAAGCAAUACCACCACAAGCACAGAAAUAGCUACCCCUCAAACGAAGCCAUCAUGUGAUGAAAAAUUUGGGAAGGUUACUGUGCGUUACAUCUAUGACGACAGUAGUAAGAAUUUUAACGCAAACCUAGAAGGUGACAAAAAACCUAAGUGUGAAUUUGCGGAUUGUGAAAAAGAGUUAAAAAAUCUACCAGAAUGCUCACAGAAAAACGUCACUCUCUCCAAUGGCUCAUGUACUCCAGAUAAAAUUAUAAAUUUAGAUGUACCACCAGGGACUCACAACUUUAACUUAACAAACUGCACACCAGACAUAAAAGCUAAUACCUCAAUUUGUUUGGAGUGGAAAAUAAAAAACAAAUUUACCUGCGACAUUCAAAAGAUUUCAUACAAUUUCCAUUGUACGAAUACAUCAGGGAUGAGUACAUAUCAUUUGGACAAAAACAGAAUACUUUGGUUACAUGACCUUAAAGUCCGAACAAAUUACACAUGUGCUGCGGAAGUCCUCUACAAUAAUGUACUACUUUUAAAACAAGACAGAAGGGUGCAGACUGAUUUUGGGACUCCAGAAAUGCUUCCCCUUGUUCAAUGUAAGAAUUCAACUAACAGCACAACAUUAGUCUCCUGGGCUGAGCCAGCAUCUAAACACCAUGGAUACAUUUUAUGCUAUAAAAAGACCCCUUCAGAAAAAUGUGAAAAAUUGACUAAUGAUGUGAACAGUUUUGAGGUGAAAAACCUGAGGCCUUAUACAGAGUACACAGUGUCUCUAUUUGCCUAUGUCAUUGGGAGGGUGCAACGAAAUGGCCCUGCUAAGGAUUGCACCUUUCGGACAAAAGCAGCUUAUCCAGGCAAAGUCAAUGGGAUGAAAAUCCUCCGGACGUCAGACAAUAGUAUAAAUGUCACAUGUAAUUCUCCUUAUGAAAUUAAUGGCCCUGGAGCGCGUUACAUUUUGGAAGUCAAAAGUGGAGGUUCUUCAGUUAAAACUUUCAACCAAUCCACAUGUAAAUUUGUUGUAGACAACCUCUAUUAUUCAACUGACUAUGAGAUUCUGGUCUAUUUUUACAAUGGAGAGUACGAGGGAGCCCCAGAAAUAAAACCUUACUCAACAUCUUUUAAUUCUAAAGCACUGAUUAUAUUCCUGGUGUUUCUGAUUAUUGUGACAUCAAUAGCCCUGCUUGUUGUUUUGUAUAAAAUCUAUGAUCUGCGUAAGAAAAGAUCCAGCAAUUUAGAUGAACAGCAGGAACUCGUUGAAAGGGAUGAGGAGAAGCAGCUGAUAAAUGUGGACCCAAUUCAUUCCGACCUUUUGUUGGAAACAUACAAAAGAAAGAUUGCCGAUGAGGGUAGACUGUUCCUGGCUGAAUUUCAGAGCAUUCCACGGGUAUUCAGCAAGUUUCCCAUCAAAGAUGCCCGAAAGUCCCAAAACCAGAACAAAAACCGUUAUGUGGACAUUCUUCCCUAUGAUUACAACCGUGUGGAGCUCUCUGAAAUAAAUGGAGAUGCAGGGUCCACCUACAUAAAUGCCAGCUACAUUGAUGGCUUCAAGGAACCCAGGAAAUACAUUGCUGCACAAGGGCCCCGGGAUGAGACAGUUGAUGACUUCUGGAAGAUGAUCUGGGAGCAGAAGGCCACAGUUAUUGUCAUGGUCACACGAUGUGAAGAAGGAAACAGGAACAAGUGUGCAGAAUAUUGGCCAUGCAUGGAGGAAGGCACUCGGACUUUCAGAGAUGUUGUCGUGACGAUCAAUGACCACAAACGAUGUCCUGAUUACAUCAUCCAGAAGCUGAGCAUUGCCCACAAAAAAGAAAAAGCAACUGGAAGAGAAGUGACUCAUAUUCAAUUCACCAGUUGGCCAGACCAUGGGGUUCCUGAAGACCCUCACCUGCUCCUGAAACUUCGACGGAGAGUUAAUGCUUUCAGCAACUUCUUCAGUGGUCCCAUUGUGGUGCACUGCAGUGCUGGCGUUGGGCGUACAGGCACCUACAUUGGAAUUGAUGCCAUGCUCGAAAGCCUAGAAGCAGAGGGCAAAGUGGAUGUCUAUGGCUAUGUUGUCAACCUAAGGCGACAGAGAUGUCUGAUGGUGCAAGUGGAGGCCCAGUACAUCCUGAUCCAUCAGGCCUUAGUGGAAUACAAUCAAUUUGGGGAAACAGAAGUGAACUUGUCUGAGUUACAUUCAUGUCUACAGAAUCUGAAGAAGAGAGAUCCACCCAGUGACCCAUCUCCUUUGGAGGCUGAAUACCAGAGACUUCCUUCAUACAGGAGCUGGAGGACACAGCACAUUGGAAAUCAAGAAGAAAAUAAAAAGAAAAACAGGAAUUCUAACGUUGUUCCAUAUGACUUUAACAGAGUGCCACUUAAGCAUGAACUGGAGAUGAGCAAAGAGAGCGAGGCCGAAUCUGACGAAUCUUCAGAUGAGGACAGUGACUCGGAAGAAACCAGCAAAUACAUUAAUGCGUCAUUUGUGAUGAGUUACUGGAAACCAGAAAUGAUGAUUGCUGCCCAGGGUCCACUAAAAGAGACUAUUGGUGACUUUUGGCAGAUGAUAUUCCAAAGAAAAGUCAAGGUUAUUGUGAUGUUGACAGAGUUAAUGAGUGGAGACCAGGAAGUCUGUGCUCAAUACUGGGGAGAAGGGAAGCAGGCCUAUGGUGACAUGGAAGUAGUGUUGAAAGACACGAACAAAUCCUCAGCCUAUAUUCUGCGAGCAUUUGAACUGAGACAUUCCAAGAGAAAGGAGCCUAGAACUGUGUACCAGUACCAGUGUACCACAUGGAAAGGGGAGGAGCUCCCUGCGGAACCCAAAGAACUGGUGGCUAUGAUUCAGAACAUCAAACAGAAGCUUCCCAAGAGUGGCUCAGAAGGGAUGAAGUACCACAAGCAUGCAUCAAUCCUAGUCCACUGCAGGGAUGGAUCCCAGCAGACGGGGUUGUUCUGUGCUCUGUUCAAUCUCCUGGAAAGUGCAGAAACAGAAGAUGUGGUUGAUGUUUUUCAAGUGGUAAAGUCUCUACGCAAAGCACGGCCGGGGAUGGUGGGCAGCUUUGAGCAAUACCAGUUCCUCUAUGACAUCAUGGCCAGCAUCUAUCCCACCCAGAAUGGACAAGUGAAGAAAGCAAACAGCCAAGACAAAAUUGAAUUUCAUAACGAAGUGGACGGAGCCAAGCAGGACGCAAACUGUGUUCAGCCAGCUGAUCCUCUGAACAAAGCCCAGGAAGACAGCAAAGAAGUUGGAGCUUCGGAGCCUGCAAGUGGUUCUGAGGAGCCAGAACAUUCUGCAAAUGGUCCCGUGAGCCCAGCUCUAACCCCAAGCUCAUAGGAAAGGAUUCAAGUGGGACAACGAAAAAUAUCAAAUUAGUUGUUUCUAUUUUUCUAGACCUAAUGAAAAAAUAUGGCUGUACAGUGGUUCGUGGAAUCUAUGUUCACCUUUGCCACUGUAUAAAAAUAUUUAAAUUUGUCAAAAGGUUUUGUACAGUUUUAUGCCUAUUUUAAAAAUGUAUCUAUAUCAUUUAGCAAGAGUGUUUGUGUAGGAGAGUAUGUCUGUGUGUGAGAGAGUGUGUGCUUCUGUUAGUGUGUGUGUGUGAGUGUGUGUGUGUGUGUGUGUGUGUGUGUGUGUGUGUGUGUGUCUGUUUAUGUGCCAUUUAAAUGUGAUUAGAGAGUGCUUUCAAGCCAUUAUAAAUGCUUUGGAGAAACAGUGCUUUUUUGUCCCCCUGAAGAAACUAUACAUUUUAUAUCUAAACUGUUAAUUUGUUUGAAGGGUUCUUUUUUUUUUUUAAGUCCUAUUGAAUGUGGAUUCAGUUCUAAGAAUAACAAUGUGUACAUUUCUGGAAUGACCUCAAGAUGGCCUCCUUGUCCUACUGAUGAUCUUGUAGUUCAAGAUGCUUUUUCUGGAGAUAGAUAAAAGUGUCUAAGAGUGCUGUGAGUGUGUACAGCUGCUCCAAGGAAGUGAACUAAAUUAACAUUUGAGAUUUAUGUUCCAUAUACUGUCAUUUCAUUUCUAUCUCUUAGUGCAUAUUUAAUCAAACAUGAAAAACUCAAGGGAGUCUAUUUUUGUAUCCACAUGGGAAAUAGGACUUUGCAAAUGGGUUUUUGUCUAUGUAAUAGAUGAAAAUUAUUACCUAAUGCUCUUGAUCAUAUCACUAUAUGCUGUGAACCUAAAUAAUUGUCCUUAACCAAAUACAAUGUAUAUUUAAAAUCCAUAGAAUUAAAACAGGGGCAUGAAACAAUGUUUGUACUGCAUACUUAUGUAGGUAACCUCAUAAAGUUUUCUUAUGGAAUUCAACAUUCAUAAGAAACAUAGCAUUGAUGUGCCCACUUCUUAUUUUUAUGACCAUGUUUGAAUUUCAUUAAAGUGCAUUUAUCUUAAAUGUCUUAAAUGUUAUUUGCCUUUACCAAGACAUAACCCUUUUUAUAACCAUAAUAAACUUUCAGUUACUACCUUCCUUGCUUA